AUGGCCAACACCUGGACGAACAUCACUCAAACCAUACGCACCUUACCAUUUGUAGAGAAAACACUAGCUGCAUUACCAUUUGGCGAUCCAUCCAAGUUUCUUGUCGUUGCUAGCGUCGCUGCGUUUGGUUACUACGUGGAUCAAAAGUUACUGCUCUCCUCGGAUGUGUAUCGUUCACAUCGGUUGGCCAUAGCGUUAUUAGAAGCCAGGUAUCAUGCAUACAAUGAAAUGUUAUUGCCAGAUCUAUUUGAACAGAGCGUAGAUAAGUGGCCGUAUAAAUCCUGCAUGCACUUUGGUCAGUACGUACUGAGCUUCCAGCAAGUCGAUGAAGCAGCUAAUCGUGUCGCUCAUUGGGGUUUACAAAAGGGCAUUCACACGGGUGAGACGGUAGCAUUGCUCAUGGAAAAUCGACCCGAGUUUGUCAUUGUAUGGCUAGGUCUGACCAAGAUUGGCGUCGUCACAGCUCUGCUUAACACGCACCUGCAGCCGGACGGACUUGUUCAUUGCACCACAAUUGCAGACACCAAGUGGAUGAUUGUAGGCGAAGAACUAGCCUGGAAACUUGAGGACGUGGCGACGAAAUUGGCUCAUCUUGACUUCUUCAUCUAUGGCAAUGGGGAAUUGACUGCUCAAGCGGCGGCUGCAUACCUGCCUCAAGCGUUUCCACUGGAUGCGGAACUAAAGAAGAUGAAGUCAGAUCGACCACCGCAGUUAAUUCGCAAGAACGCCAAGAUCUCGACGGUAGACACGGCACUACUAAUCUACACGAGCGGAACGACAGGACUGCCCAAGGCUGCGCGGGUGAACCACUUUAGCAUCAUUUCGCGCUCCUUGGUCUUCAAAUACGCGAUGCAUUUGUCCAUGGACGAUAGACUGUAUUGUGCGCUGCCACUCUACCAUACAUCGGGUGGGAAUCUGGCAGUUGGGAUGAUGAUAUUCUCCGGUGCUACUUUGUGCAUUUCGCAACGUUUCUCGACAAGCAAGUUCUGGGCCGAAGUCCGAGCUUACGACUGCACAGUGAUUCAAUAUAUUGGCGAGAUGUGCCGAUACUUGCUCAAUGCACCAGCAAAGGUAAACGACAAAAUGAAUCACAUACGGGCAGCUUUUGGCAACGGCUUGCGCCCUGAUGUAUGGGCGCCGUUCCAAGAACGCUUUGGUGUCCCGUCAGUGUAUGAAUUUUAUGGCUCUACGGAGGGCCCAAUGGGUAUGUUGAAUGCUUGCACGACAAAAGCCGACCAGGGACAUCUUGGUCGUCGCGGUUUCAUCGUUAACAUGUUCACUGGUGUCGUAAUCGUUAAGUAUGAUGUCGAGAAGGACGACUACAUCCGAUCGAAGAAAGGGUUUCUUCAAAAAUGUGCGGUCAACGAACCGGGUGAGCUUAUUGUAAAGGUCGAUAAGAAGGAUCCUGCACGAAGAUUCCAGGGCUACUACCGAAACACAAAAGAGUCCAGUAAAAAGGUGCUGACAGAUGUGUUCAAGAAGGGUGACAUGUAUUUUCGAACGGGCGAUCUGUUCAAAGAAGAUGAAAAUCAUUGCUGGCAUUUCGUAGACCGCGUGGGGGAUACGUUUCGGUGGAAAGGAGAGAAUGUAGCCACAAAUGAAGUUGCCGAGGCUGUCUCCAAGUUCCCUGGGCUCAGUGAAAUUUGUAUUUACGGCGUUGAGGUCCCAGGUAGUGAUGGCCGUGCGUGCAUGGCUGCGAUGGUUUUCGAUGAAAAUUCGUUUGACCUCAAGGCUUUUGCAGCCUUUGUCAAGCAGCAGUUGCCAUCAUAUGCCAUGCCGCUCUUCCUCCGUAAGUUGAAAACCAUGUCAGUCACAGGAACGAUGAAGCACGAGAAAGCCAAGUUGCGGAAGGAGGGGAUUGAUCCAUCUAUCAUUUCAGACGGUCUUUGGAUUUUCAAUCGAGUGAAAGACAACUAUGAGCCGCUUACAAGCGAGACGUAUCACCAAGCGAUUACAAAGUCUCGACUGUAA